AACACACUUCUGUAAAAUUUUUGAAAUGAGGUCGUAUUCUAAAUGGUAGUGAAUUAAGUACUCCUAUUGUUAACAGUGUCUUAAAAUGGAAAGAUCUGGAGGUAUUCUUUCAGGGUUAAGUGCUCUAGUAGGCACUACAGAACCUGCUUUAAAAUUAUUAUUAACUCUUGUAGCUGGUUAUCCUCUAGCUUUAAUUCACAGAAAAUAUUUGUACAAUAAAGAACGAAGUCUACACCAUCUAUUUUUCAUAACGUCAGGAUUCCUAUUAGGCUACUGGAAUUAUGGAGGUGCUAUUUUUCAUAGUGUUUUGGCAGCCUUUUUUACAUAUUGCACACUAUCGAUUCUUAAAGGAACGAGCCUUAGCGUUGCAAUUGUAUUUCUUUUUAACAUAGGAUAUCUUCUUAUUGGUUACUUUUACACCAGUACAGAAAGUUAUGAUAUAACUUGGACGAUGCCGCAAUGUAUUAUAACUUUGAGGCUAAUAGGGGUUGCAUUUGAUUUAUAUGACGGUCACCAGCCAGUGGAAACAUUAUCGUCCGAUAGUAAGAAACUUGCCCUAGUCCAGAAACCCAGUAUAUUAGAAAUAUUUGGUCAUUCGUUCUUUCCGUCAGCAUUUUUAAUUGGACCGCAGUUUUCUAUGAAGAGAUACUUAGAAUUUAUAGAUGGGCAUUAUAAUACCAGGGACGGUCCUCCAGACAGCGUCUUAGCUGCGAUAAAGCGAGGUGUUACUGGAGUUGCAUAUCUAAUAAUAUUCCAAACAAUUGGAUCUUUCGUGUCGGAUGAUUAUUUACUUUCUGACGAAUUUGCACAAACUUGUUUCUUCAAAAGAAUGUUUUUACUGGGUCUCUGGGGUAGAUAUACCCUCUACAAGUACAUAUCUUGCUGGCUACUGACAGAAGGAGCAUGUAUUCUGUUUGGCAUUGCACACAACGGAAAAGACGAGAAAGGUCAUGUCAAAUGGGAUGGAGUAGAAAAUAUAAAACUAUAUAUUUUUGAAAAUACAACGGAAUUUAACCACUAUAUCAAGUCUUUCAAUGUAAACACCAAUAACUGGAUCGCACACUAUAUUUAUAAAAGACUAAAAUUCUUGGGAAACAGACAGUUAAGUCAGUUGGCUUCACUAUUAUUCUUAGCUGUCUGGCAUGGUUUCCACGAUGGAUAUUAUAUCUGUUUUCUCUUCGAAUUUAUGGUGAUAUAUAUGGAAAGAGAUAUAAAAUCAAUAGUGAAUUCGAACGACAGCCUCAAGAACUUCUUCGCUUUGCCACAACUCCAGCUACCUCUUCAGAUAAUCCUCAGGAUCUACACAUUCGUCUUUAUGGGCUGGUGUCUAAUACCGUUCGGCCUUUUGAAGUUUAGCAAGUACUGGCAUGCUAUGGCAAACGCUAGUUAUGUGGGCAUAAUAUUAUUCGUAUUGUGGCCUUUUGUAUAUUCACCUCUAAUUAGAUUUGUGCUUAAAAAGAUGCGAACCAAAAGGACUGAGUAACGUAGAUUUAUAUAGACUUAGGUGGUGUGUUUGUACAAGUUUGUGAUAAAGGAAAAGUAAUUUUUUUAUAGUUUAAGGAACAAUUAAUCGCUCAAAGCCCUCAAAAUAAAAUGUGUCACGAAAUAGCUUGAAAAUUUAAAAGUAGAAUGAUUCCAGAACAAUGUAAAUUUUUAAAUAUUUCUCGUGCUUCCUUUGGCUUCCGUUCAUUAGUUUAGCAUGUUGGCAAAUGUGUUUUGCAGAAUUUUUUAAUAUUAUUGUUUGCUUUCUUUUUGAAACUCAAAAAAUACUACAUUAUGCUGUCCCUGUAUAAUUUUGCAACAAAUAACAGUUAUAAGAUAUGACUAGAGAAUUCUUGACUUGAAUGACUUCUUCUAUGACUUGAAAUUGGUUAUCAAUCACUACCUUAAAAGUAGUAACUAAACUAAAAGUCAUAACAGUAUAUUUUUUUAAAUAGUGAAUUACCUUCUUAUCUAACUCUUUGUGAGUUAUAUUAAAUUGAAACUAUUAAAUAAAUUAAUGUUCAAAUCUUGAACCUGUGCUGUUACUUGAGAGUAAGAGUCAUAGCAAUGUUUUUAAAAAUACUCCCCUUUUUCAAAAUUACAUUUGAGUUGAUGAAUAAGCCAAAGCUGCUAAAAUCAGUAACUUUUGCUUUCAGUUAACUGUGUGAGCUCGCAGAAAUGGUUUCCUUGAGAAGAGCCUCGUGUCCAGUUCUCCUUUUUUGUGAAUUAUAUUAACGUGGUCAACUCUCCAUUUUUGAGGUAUGUUGAAAGUGGAGCUGUUAAAAUCUUGAAAAAGUGCGGUUAUCUGAUUGUUAGAGUCAUAGCAAUGUUUUAAAAAGUGCUCAGCCGUUUGCCAAACCUGUUUGUAAAAGUAUUAUAUAAACUAAAGUUGCUAAAAUCUUGGAUACACGCUGUUAUUUGACUGUUUGAGCUCAUAAUUUAUUGUAUUAAAAGCGAAGCUUUUCAUACAAUGAAGAACUAAACUUUUUAAGCUAAAAAUAGGGGGCUGUUAAAAGCUUAAGCUCAGUACGGUUCGUUGACUGAGUUCAUAAUAUCGCUGUUUAAGAAAAGUGCAGCAGCGGAGUUGUAACUUUGGGCUAUUCACGAUUAUAUUAAAAUCAAAACCUUCGAAUACAAUGGAUCUACUAAAAUGUUAAACUCUAUACUAGAUUUUUAUAAAAUAUAUAACGUCACGAAGUCACGUGUCCAAAAGCCUACUUUUUGAACCACCCAGUUGUCUAACUUUCAAUUUUUCAAGAUUGGCUUAAAAUUGACAAAUAGUUUAGUCAUUUAAAAAAGUUUUUAGUGAGGAAGAUACCCAAAGUAUAAUAAAUAAAUAUAGAGUACUUUCUUAUUUAGUAUCUGGCAUAUGGACUAAUUUCCUUUUUUUAGUUGUGUUCUAGUGUUUCAUUUCAAUUAUGAAACCAUUUCCUUUUGCUUACUAUUUAACGCUACAGAAUCCUUAAAGAUGAGUGGUGUUUUAGAGUGUUGGUUAAUUAAUUUUUUGAUAUUUUUCUAUUGAAUUCAGUCAUAUACUUAUCAUAAUACAUAGUUCAGCAGAUGAAAAUGUCGAUAAAAGUGUUAUUCACUUUAUAGAAAAAUAUUUAGAAGGUAUCUAAGAUUGUAAUAUACAGUAUUAAUACAUAGUUUAUUAUAAAACUCUUGUUGACUGAGUGUAAGUCCUUGUUGUUGUUAAAAUGAACUGUAAACUUUAUUAUGUGUUCUGCUAGAUUAAAAGAGGUCAUAGAGAUACGGAACAACAACUUACCGAGAUAAAACAAAACCUGUUCAAGACAAUUCAAAUUUUCAGUAUGUUUUUUUUUCAAAAUACAAAACCAGUGAUAAUUAAACUCUCUAUUGAAGAUCUUAGUAUUGUUAGUGUUGUUGAUUGUACCACUUUUUUAAUUUUAUAUUGAUUUACCUACUUUCAGUGCUAAUUGGAAUGAAGUAGUAUUUUGUUUCAGAUUGUUUUUAUUACUUACUUCCUGCGUAAACUCUUUUUGCCUCUUGCUAAAAUUAAUGAUUCUACAAAGCUAUUUCGUGGUCAUUUAACAUAUAAAAUAAACAAAUCUACCAGUUAGAUUGAUAAUAAGGGCCGCAAUUUUCUAGAUAAAAAAGACCAGUGUAAUUUUACUUUUUGGAUGCUUAUGUACUUUAAUGACUGCAACACUAGAGACUUUUUGAAAUUUAUGCUUUAAAAAUCGUCGCUUUUAUUACAGUUUUUAUUAAAUCUU